AUGAAUUCAAAGUAAGUCAAACUGUUCACAUUCAUACAAGCACUUUCCAGAGUAUCUAACAUUGUCGUCUUUUUUCCUUUCUUUCCUUUCUUCUUUUUUUUUUUAGACCAUCUUUGAAACGGCCGCUUUUACGAAAGACGCAUCAAUUCGAAAACUGUUUGCAGCCGCUUAUCAAUGAAUCCGUUCCCGCUCGGUCAGCCAAGGCACCGGUCAGGAAGGAAGUCCAUGCUUACGUGGCUCACUUGCAAAGUAACGUGGUUAGCGUGAGACCGGCGAUGUCGUAUGGAGAAGGGGAAAGCAUGAAGGAAAACAAUUGCAGCUCAGACGAGUCUUCCCCGGUAAAGAGAAAACAAAACAAGAGAUGGCAAACUUCUUCAUCAGCUAAGAAGGCGUCUAAGUUUGUAUCACCACUUCCCUCCUCCACUCAAAGAGAAGUGUGCUUAUCGUAUAACAAGUCCAACACUCCAAAAUACGCCGAUAAAUUUGUCAACGUCAUGGUCGACAACCGUCUCAAGCGGCAAUGCAAGUUUUGCAGUCUCCAGUACAUGGAUUUGAAGGGUUUCAAUCGUCAUUUUGAAAGCAAGCACCUGAUCAAAAAUAAAAGGGUCUAA